UAGUGAGAACAAUCAAUUUAGCAAAAUAAAUAUUAUUUUGUGCAGUUCCGUUUGAAAUUCCCUGUAGUGAAAUGUGCUGUAGUUAUAUGGUUCUUUGAUCGCGAUGAACUUUUAUUCCCUACGAGGGAUCAGUGGUAUAGUGCAGACUAAGGUUAAUCAGUAUCCGACGGAACGUACAUAAGUUGAACUGUUAGAACGCAAUGUCUGAUAAAGAUAAGAAGAAGGGGAAGGAGGAUAAAAAAGGCCACGACUCUUCAGCGUUUGUAAAAGACUUCAUCGCCGGCGGAGUCUCCGCAGCAGUGUCAAAGACAGCUGUCGCGCCCAUUGAACGAGUGAAGCUGAUCUUACAGGUCCAGCAUGUGUCCAAACAGAUUCCAAAGGACAAAAGAUACAAAGGUAUUGUGGAUGCGUUCAUCCGUAUCCCGAAGGAGCAGGGUCUGGGAUCGUUUUGGCGAGGGAACCUGGCGAACGUGAUCCGAUACUUCCCGACGCAGGCGCUGAACUUCGCCUUCAAGGACGUGUACAAGGGCAUGUUCCUAGCGGGGGUCGACAAGAACACUCAGUUCUGGCGGUACUUCGCCGGUAACCUGGCGUCGGGAGGGGCCGCCGGCGCUACCUCGCUCUGCUUCGUAUACCCACUGGAUUUCGCUCGAACGAGGUUAGCUGCCGACGUGGGUAAAGGCAAACAGAAAGAGUUCAACGGUUUGGUAGACUGCUUGAUGAAGACGAUAAAGUCGGACGGGCCUAUCGGCUUGUACCGGGGCUUCGUAGUGUCAGUGCAGGGCAUCAUCAUCUACCGAGCAACCUACUUCGGCUUCUACGACACGGCGCGCGGAAUGCUGCCGGACCCCAAGAACACCUCGCUGCUGAUCACGUGGAUGAUUGCACAGACAGUAACAACGGUGGCGGGCAUCACUUCGUACCCCCUCGACACGGUGCGGCGGCGCAUGAUGAUGCAGUCGGGCCGGCCCGCCAACGAGCGCCUGUACAAGAACACCGCCCACUGCUGGGCCGUGAUCCUCAAGACCGAGGGCCCCGGCGCCUUCUUCAAGGGCGCCUUCUCCAACGUCCUCAGAGGCACAGGGGGCGCCUUCGUGCUUGUUCUAUACGACGAAAUCAAGAACCUCCUCUAACGCGAGAAGUUUGACGCGUAGUGUUUAGAUAUUCGCUAACAGCCGCUCUUUGUACCGUGUUCUUAGUAAGCGAUGGGUCUAGUUUUUACUAAAUUGGGAAAUUGAUUGCUAUUUUAUUUUAAACCCUUCUCUUGCUAAAGACAUGUUACAACGACGGCCGUGUGGUUCGCCGCGAUACCGUCGGUGCUAGUGAGCGUGGUGGCCUGAGGACUGCUUAGUGAUUGAAAUUUUAUAUGGUGAAUGUUGUCUUUUACAAUGUACUUUGUAAGGAGGUAUU